UUUCCCACUGCCCCCCAAAUCCCUAUCUCCCACUCCUCCCCACCUCACUCUCCCCCCCGGUCUCCGCCCCCCGCCGCCGCCCUCCUCCGGUCAUGGACAACCCCAACCACCCGCCGCCUUCCGCGGCCUCCUCCACCGCCGCCCUCCGAGCCCUCAACAAGUCCUCCUACAAGAUCUCCAAGCAGUCCUCCAUCUCCUCCUCCGCUUCCUCCUCCAUGAAAGCGCCUCCCCCCCCUCCGCCGUCGCUGCCCUCCCGCAUGUCCCCUCCGCUCCUCGCCCCGCCGCAUCCCCCCUCGUCCGCCCCCGCCCCCGCCGACCACCCUCCGCCCCAGCCCCCCGUAUACAACAUCGACAAGUCCGACUUCCGCGACGUCGUCCAGAAGCUCACCGGCUCCCCCUCCCACCUCCUGCCGCCCCAGGCCCCGGCGGCCCCUCCGCCGGCGCGGCCCGACAUGGCCCCUCCGCCCCCGCGCCCCAUCAUGGCCCCUCCGCCUCCGCCUCCGCUGUCGGCCAUCCCGUCCCGGCUCCACCGCAUCCGGCCGCCGCCGCUGGCCCCGCCCCGCCCGGCGACCAUCCUGCCGUCGCCGGCCCAGCCGACUCUCUCCCCUCUCCCGGCGCUCCCUUCCGUCUGCAUGUCGGCGGAGUCCCCCAUCUCGGCCUACAUGCGCCGGCUCCGCGGGAUGCCGUCGCCGAUCCUCGUGCCCACAUCGCCGCUCGGGUUCGGCUGCCUCCACUCGCCGCGGGCGCCGACGUCUCCCGGCGUGGCCAUGCCGGCCACCAGCCCCCGCGUCCGCGACCCGUGACCAAGAAACAACAUCUGCCGCCGCCGCUGCUGCUUCCGAUGUGUAGAUAUGGCCGGCCUAGGAGAGAGAUCUGGGGAAGCGGCGGCGGCGGCGGCGAGGGAAGGGGACGGAGCAGCAAUACAAUUACAAUGUGUUAGCUUCGCCUUGAAAUCCAUUCUCAAAAUCUUUUUUUGUAGCGUGUUCUACCUUACCUACCUUAAUAUGUUCUUGGUGUAUAUGGAGCAUGCUGUGUUUGACAAAGGAUGACUUGUUCAUGUCUGGCCAAAUUCUUUUGUAACAAGCUUAUGCAAUAUGCAAUAUGUAGUGGCAAACCCAAGCCUUUAUAUGCAAAAUUUGUUUAGGACAUGUUAUGGAUGAUGUUAUGAUAUGAUAUGAUAUUCAAAGUUAUCAGCCA